AUGGCCCUCAGCGCGCAGUGGCGCGACGACGACAAGGCGUUGGCGAUACAACUCCGGCGGGACGUGAAGCCGACGUUAGACGCGAACGGCGUGAAGCUCAUCGCGGUGUCGAUCGGGACGGUCGAUCGCGCGAAAGAGUUCGUGAGAGAGACGGAGUUCCCGAUCGAGUGCCUGUACGCGGACCCGGAGAAUAAGUGCUACGACGCGCUCAGGCGCGUGCUCCUCGCACUGGACUCCAUACGACCGCGUUGGCGUUGUGCACGCCGUUCCUUGAGGACUUUAUCUCCCGGCGCGCGUUUCUACCCGCUCACCCUUCGAUUUCGAUCCCCGCCCGCGACGCCUUUCAACUCCAUCCCUGACGCCUUUCAACUCCACCCCGACGCGACCCUCAGGCUGAACAAGUCGCUGAAAAACUUCUCGCAGAAAUCCACCCCGGAGAUGCUCCAGGCGCGGUGGAAGAAAGACGGCGCGAAGGAUCUGCGCGAGGUGUUCUCGCACUGGAAGCCGUGGAUCCCGCCGAAGCGCGAGCAAGGGUUCCAGCAGGGCGGCGUCUUCGCGUUCGAGGGCGACGAGUGCGUGUACCAAUUUUAUGACCCGAGCACGGGCGUACACGCGCCGUUCGACGACUGGCUCGUAACGCUCGGCGUCGGGCCGUUAGAGUCCGCCCCGGAGCCGGUCCCGAGGCCAGAGAAGAAGAAGAAUGAUGCGUGA